GUAGACGGACGCUCAAAAUGGCGUCAGAUUCAAACGGCUCCCUGUACUGCUUUACUGUAAGUCUUUAUUAGUAGUUUAUCUUUCUUUUUCUGCUCAGACUUGUAGUUUAAAUUAGAUACCGAGACCGUCGGGGUCAUUUUGAAAUGAGUUUGGAGCUUUAAAAGACGUUAUUUAUAACUCUUCGCAGCGAAACGGGUCUUCGUGUUUUGUGCCGAAGUAAACAAAACCCCCUUGAGAAAUAGCAGGGUUUUAACGCUGCUUUCUCAGCUGUGAAAUAUAUUGACAUGAUAUAUAAAACAAAUAUUAUUCAGCUAAUCUAAACCUUCUUCUGGUGAAUUCGGCUGACGACAUAUUACACUAGUAAAGAUUAUUAGAAUGUUAAUACCAUGGAGGCACUGACUUGCCGCCGAUCACUGUACUUUUUACAACGUAAAACCAAAUUAAAAUAACUAAGAUUAUACAAAGACAAGACGCUGUUUUUACUUUACUGUAAGCCGAAUUCUGUAAAAGAUCAGACUUUAUAACUUUAGAGUUAGUUUUUGUUAUUACGUUUGAGUAAAUUGUCAAUAUUUCGCUGAAUAUUCACUUGUACUAUUUGCAAAUGGGGAACGCACUGUGAAGAGACUGGAGUGCGUCUGCUGGCAAGGUGAUAUCAGCUGCUAAGCAACCAGCCUCCCCUGGUACCAAACAACCUCCAGGGUUUGUUCUGUUUAACAAAGUCAUCUUAUAUUAACACUUAUCAAACAUCUCCAGACCUCUUUAUACUGGUUCAUAAAUUAGGUGGGACUCAUGAAAGAAUUGAAGUUUGGGUCUUUGUUAUAAGGUUAUUCUGAUUUGUUUUUGGUUUUAUUACUCUAUUAGGGCUAAAUCAACCUGUGGAGCUAUGCAGGCAGAACCAGCAGAGAGGAGGAGGCAGCACGUCAAGGGUAGGCAUGGGGAGAGACAGCAGGGCCGAGUGGAACUGAAGGGGACCCAACAGAGAGCCCUGAGGAACACCCAAGAGGAGAUAGUAAGGUAAAGAGUCACUUAAUCAUGGCUAUUUUUGCCGCUAAUGUUAAUUACAAGAAUUUUUACCUGUUUGAUUGUUUCUCUGACUGCAUUUUAUAAACAUGUUGCUUAUAUCAGGUUUAAAAUGAGCAGGUAUUGGCAUAGAACGAUUACAUACACUACAGGCCAAAAGUUUGGAAGCAAGAUCAGAUUUGUACAAAACAAGAUCAUAGUUCCAUAUAUAUAAUUUUCAACACAAUAAACAUGACUAUUGUGUAAAGAGUAACUGAUCAGAAGACAUUUUGACUAUAACUAUGAGGAUUACAUUCAAGCUUUCUUAAGUUCAUUAAAAAGAGACGCUGAUUCGUGGGACGCGUUUUUCUGACCGAUCGAUCCAAUUCAUCCUGCACAAGCUCAGUUGGAGAAAGGUCUGGAGACUGAGGGGGCCAAACCAUCUUUUGAAGAACACCUUCCUCUUCUCUUUUGUCUCGGUAACCCUGACAGAGCUCGGCAGAGAGCUUAGGGUCAUUGUCUUACUGCAAAACAAACUUAUGAGCCACAAGUCUGAGUCCAGAUGGAGCAGCAUGGUGCUGGAGGAUGGAGUGGUACUGUUCCUUCUUCAUGAUACCCUUUACUUCAAACAAAUCUCCUACUCCAUCACCUGCAAGCCCCCACUCAUGUCUCUUUCUCUUGUUCUGUGGAUGAAGUUUUUUUUGCAGAUACUCAACCCUUCAGACAAGCCUUUCUCAAACGUCACGGUUGUCACAGAUAUGGGUUUGGACCUUGUCAUGUUGAUUUCCUCCCUUAUUCGUGGUGCUGUCUUUCUCUGACCUCUCUUCCUGGUGACAAUGCUCUGUUUAUCCUCUGCUUUUGUAGUCACUCUCUUUCGUCUUUUUCUAUCAUCAGAACUUCCAGGUUCCUCUCGUCUCCUCAGAGUGAAGUCGACUCCUUUGUUAAACACCUUUAGGCGUUUUUCUCUUUCUGUGUUUCCUUCUUUCCUCGAUGUACAAAUCUGUACUUCUGUUUCUUUACUCAGUUGCUUCUUUCUGGUCAUUUCUGCUGUAGUUUGAACACAGUUGAGAUUUAUUAGGAUUUUGGCCUGUAGUGUGUAGUGUAAGGGCCAGGGUUCGGGUUUCUUUCAGAUAAACUCUUCAAAAACACACCUGCACUCUCUUCUUAAUCGCAUUUAUGAUUCAACAGGUUAAAAGAGAUCUUCACCACCAUGCAGGAACAGAGGCAGACGUCAGCAGGAGAUAGAGACGGAAGAGCUGGAAGGGAUGAUGAAGAGGGAGGGAGAGACAGGAGCCGAGGAGAUGGAGGACGAGUAGGUGAAAAGGAGGAGGUGAGAGGAAGGAGAGCGGCGUCAGAAGGAGGUCAAGAGGGCGAUCAAUCUGAGAGUCUGAGGAGGAGAGUCCAUCAGCUGGAGAGAGAGAGACUGGAGCUGACGGCGAGCCAUAACCAGGAGGUGAGGAGACGACUUUUCCAGGACAUGGAGAAGAACCUUAAACUGAGGAGCAGAUUUACUCCGGACUGCUAAACUUCUUCAGAUGUUCAUGAUCUGAUUCUUCUCCUCAGCUGUGCCGGCUGCAGACGGAGCUGACCCGGCUGAGGUCGUCGGUGGAGCGAGGAGAAGCUCAGCGGGAGGAGCUUCAGUACCAGCUGACCAUCAGCCAGAGAGACGCUGACCGCGCAUCACAGCUCAGCAGAGACAGACAGGCUCUGACAGGUGAACGAAUCAAACACCCUCUGAACAAAUCAAACACACUCUGAACGAAUCAAACACUCUCUGAACGAAUCAAACACACUCUGAACGAAUCAAACACACUCUGAACGAAUCAAACACACUCUGAACGAAUCAAACACACUCUGAACGAAUCAAUCACACUCUGAACGAAUCAAACACACUCUGAACGAAUCAAACACACUGAACGAAUCAAACACUCUCUGAACGAAUCAAACUCACUCUGAACAAAUCAAACUCUGAACGAAUCAAACACUCUGAACGAAUCAAACACUCUCUGAAUGAAUCAAACACACUGAAAGAAUCAAACACACUCUGAACGAAUCAAACACACUGAAAGAAUCAAACACACUCUGAACGAAUCAAACACUCUCUGAACGAAUCACACACACUCUGAACGAAUCAAACACACCCUGAACGAAUCAAACACACCCUGAACGAAUCAAACACACUCUGAAUGAAUCAAUCACACUUUGAACGAAUCAAACACACUUGUUUCUUUACUCAGUUGCUUCUUUCUGGUCAUUUCUGCUGUAAUCAAACACACUGAAAGAAUCAAACGCACUAUGAACGAAUCAAACACUCUCUGAACGAAUCAAACAGUCUCUGAACGAAUCAAACACACUUUGAACGAGUCAGACACACUGAACGAAUCAAACACACUCUGAACGAAUCAAUCACACUUUGAACGAAUCAAUCACACUCUGAACGAAUCAAUCACACUCUGAACGAAUCAAACACACCCUGAACGAAUCAAUCACACUCUGAACGAAUCAAACACACUCUGAACGAAUCAAACACACCCUAAACGAAUCAAACACACUCUGAACGAAUCAAACACACUCUGAACGAAUCAAACACACUCUGAACAAAUCAAACACUCUCUGAACGAAUCAAACACAGUAUGAACGAAUCAAACACACUCUGAACGAAUCAAACACUCAUUGAACGAAUCAAACACACUGAACGAAUCAAACGCACUCUGAACGAAUCAAACACUCUCUGAACGAAUCAAACACACUCUGAACGAAUCAAACUCACCCUGAACGAAUGAAACACAGUAUGAACGAAUCAAACACACUCUGAAUGAAUCAAACACUCUCUGAACGAAUCAAACACACUGAACGAAUCAAACGCACUCUGAACGAAUCAAACACUCUCUGAACGAAUCAAACACACUGAACGAAUCAAACGCACUCUGAACGAAUCAAACACUCUCUGAACGAAUCAAACACACCCUAAACGAAUGAAUCACACUCUGAACGAAUCAAACACUCUGAACGAAUCAAACUCACCCUCUGAAGCUGAGGUGUUGUAAAGAUCUGAUCGUUCUCGUUCUUGCGUUUCUCUGUAUCAGAGCGAGCAGCAGAGCUCCAGCUGAAGGUUCAGGAGCUUCAGAAAUCUCUGAAGAUCACCCGGCAGGCCAGAGAGGAGGACCAGAAUGCUUUGCAGCAGGAGGUGGAGGAGCGGGACAAACUGAUUCAGAACUUCGGCUCCGAAAACGAACGACUGCACCGACUCCUUCAGGUCACUGACGUAGUUUCGUAUUUUCGCAGACGACACAGAUUGAUGUGAAGAUGUAGAAGAAGAAGUUUCCUGCAGAGAUGAAACGAAGCGUGGUUUCUGUCCUCAGAUGGAACCGUUCGAUUAAACCGGAGCGUUUGUUUUCUCCACAGGAUCAGGAGGAGGCUCUGGAGGAGUCUGAGAGGAGGAUCAUGGAGGCGCUGAAGGAGAAAGAGAAGGAGGAGGAGGUCAUCAGACGACAAGCUGAGGAGAUGAAAGACCUGAAGGAGAGAGAGGAGAGGAGCAGGAAGGAGAAGGAGGUGAGGAAGGAAGCAAAAAAGGAGACAAGGAGGGUGUGUCAGAUAGGUGAGAAGGAGGUGAGGAAGGAGACAAAGAAGGAGUGUAGGAUAGAGAAAAGGAGGUGAGGAAGGAGACAAGGAAGGGGUGUAGGAUAGAAAAGAAGGAGGUGAGUAAGGAGACAAAGAAGGAGACAAGGAGGGUGUGUAAGAUAGGGGAGAAGGAGGUGAGGAAGGAGACAAAGAAGGAGUGUAGGAUAAAUAAAAAGGAGGUGAGGCAGGAGACAAAGAAGGAGUGUAGGAUAGAGAAGAAGGAGGUGAGUAAGGAGACAAAGAAGGAGUGUAGGAUAGAGAAAAGGAGGUGAGGAAGGAGACAAGGAAGGGGUGUAGGAUAGAGAAACAGGAGGUGAGUAAGGAGACAAAAAAGGAGUGUAGGAUAGAGAAGAAGGAGGUGAGUAAGGAGACAAAGAAGGAGUGUAGGACAGAGCAGAAGGAGGUAAGGAAGGAGACAAAGAAGGAGUGUAGGACAGACGAGAAGGAGGUGAGUAAGGAGACAAAGAAGGAGUGUAGGAUAGAGAAGAAGGAGGUGAGUAAGGAGACAAAGAAGGAGUGUAGGACAGACGAGAAGGAGGUGAGUAAGGAGACAAAGAAGGAGUGUAGGACAGACAAGAAGGAGGUGAGUAAGGAGACAAAGAAGGAGUGUAGGAUAGAGAAGAAGGAGGUGAGUAAGGAGACAAAGAAGGAGUGUAGGAUAGAGAAGAAGGAGGGGAGUAAGGAGACAAAGAAGGAGUGUAGGAUAGAGAAGAAGGAGGUGAGUAAGGAGACAAAGAAGGAGUGUAGGACAGACGAGAAGGAGGUGAGUAAGGAGACAAAGAAGGAGUGUAGGACAGACGAGAAGGAGGUGAGUAAGGAGACAAAGAAGGAGUGUAGGAUAGAGAAGAAGGAGGUGAGUAAGGAGACAAAGAAGGAGUGUAGGAUAGAGAAGAAGGAGGGGAGUAAGGAGACAAAGAAGGAGUGUAGGAUAGAGAAGAAGGAGGUGAGUAAGGAGACAAAGAAGGAGUGUAGGACAGACGAGAAGGAGGUGAGUAAGGAGACAAAGAAGGAGUGUAGGAUAGAGAAGAAGGAGGUGAGUAAGGAGACAAAGAAGGAGUGUAGGAUAGAGAAGAAGGAGGGGAGUAAGGAGACAAAGAAGGAGUGUAGGAUAGAGAAGAAGGAGGUGAGGAAGGAGACAAAGAAGGAGUGUAGGAUGAAGAAAAAGGAGGUAAAGAGUCGUUUCCUUUCUUUUUAGUUUUCAGACGAACGGUUCAAGUCUUUGGAGUCAAACAUGGAGGCGGAGCGAGUCGCUCACCUGGAGUCUAAGUUCAACUCUCAGCUCAUCCAGGUAACACACACACACACACACACACUCACACACACACUCACACACACACCCACAGACACAUGCACACACACACACACUGUAUGUUGUGACGGUUGUUUCUUCACUUUGAUCAUGUGACCCGUCAGCUAAGGGUGCGAGACUUGGAGGCAGCCGUGGCGGCGGAGCGGUCCGGCCAGCAGGAGGCGCAGUCGACCCUGGAGCUGCUGAGAGUUCAGUUCAGAGAGGUCGAGAGAGCUUACAGCGCGGAGAGAGAGAGGAGGGGCAGCACUGAGCGCGCUCUGGAGCGGUGAGUGUGUACCCGAGUGUUUGAACCGUGGUUAAAGGUGGUUAAUCUGAACGACAGGAAACAGCGCCCCCUGUGGUCAAUCGGUGAAGUGCAGCCGUCGUCCUGUUCUUCAUUAAAACAGACUCAGACCUGACGUUUGUGAUCUUUGUAGUUCACAGAAGGAGUUCGAGCAGAGGGAGUCUGAACUACACGUUACCUUGGAAACGGAGAGGAAGGUGACCUCUGACCUCAGGGAGAGUCUGGAGGAGGAGAAGAAGCAGCACAUCAACACGAAGACACAACUGGAGCAGGUAACACACACAAACACACACAAAACACACACACACAUUCAUACACACACAUUUACCUGUGAAAAACUCAGAAGGACUCUCUUCAGAUCAAACACACUCUGAACGAAUCAAACUCACUCUGAACGAAUCAAACUCUGAACAAAUCACUCUGAACGAAUCGAACACACUGAACGAAUCAAACACACUCUGAACGAAUCAAACUCACUCUGAACGAAUCAAACACUCUCUGAACGAAUCAAACUCACUCUGAACAAAUCACUCUGAACGAAUCGAACAUACUGAACGAAUCAAACACACUCUGAACGAAUCAAACUCACUCUGAACGAAUCAAACACACUCUGAACGAAUCAAACACUCUGAACAAAUCAAACACUCUGAACGAAUCAAACUCACUCUGAACGAAUCAAACUCACUCUGAACAAAUCACUCUGAACGAAUCGAACACACUGAACGAAUCAAACACACUCUGAACAAAUCAAACACACUCUGAACAAAUCAAACUCUGAACAAAUCACUCUGAACGAAUCGAACACACUGAACGAAUCAAACACACUCUGAACGAAUCAAACACACACUGAACGAUUCAAACACUGAACGAAUCAAACACACUGAACGAAUCAAACACUCUGAAUGAAUCAAACACACUGAACGAAUCAAACACUGAACGAAUCAAACACACUCUGAACGAAUCAAACACUCUCUACAGGUGAACGAAUCAAACACACUGAAUGAAUCAAACACACUCUGAACGAAUCAAACACACUCUGAACGAAUCAAACACACUGAACGAAUCAAACACACUGAACCAAUCAAACACACACUGAACGAAUCAAACACACUGAACGAAUCAAACACUCUGAAAAAAUCAAACAUACUGAACAAAUCAAACACUCUGAUUUAAUCAAACACACUCUGAACGAAUCAAACACACUCUGAACGAAUCAAACACACUGAAUGAAUCAAACACACUGAACAAAUCAAACACACUGAACGAAUCAAACACUCUGAACGAAUCAAACACUCUGAACAAAUCAAACAUACUGAACAAAUCAAACACACUCUGAACGAAUCAAACACACUGAAUGAAUCAAACACUCUGAAUGAAUCAAACACACUCUGAACGAAUCAAACACUCUGAACAAAUCAAACAUACUGAACGAAUCAAACACUCUGAACGAAUCAAACACUCUGAAUGAAUCAAACACACUCUGAACGAAUCAAACACUCUGUACAGGUGAACGAAUCAAACACACACUGAACGAAUCAAACACUCUGAACGAAUCAAUCACAUGACCUCCCCUCAGAUGAACGGCUCAUGAUUUUUUGAACUGGUCCUUUAAUCUUUGUUUCUUCUUCGUCUUCUUCCUCCUCUUCUUCUUCGUCUGUGUUCAGGUGUCUCAGCGUGUGUUCGACUCUGAGGAGUCGUCCGUGAACUUUCUGAGACACAUCAGGGAAUCUCUGAAACAGCACAACAGGACAGGUAAACACUCCACACACACACACACACACACCUGAAGAUGAUGAACGCCACACUUUCAGGAGGUUAAUGAAGCCUGUCUGUGUCGGAGCAGGUGAGAGUCCUCCAGCAAAGCAUGAUGGGAACCUGAGUCCUUCAGCCGAGGUGAUGGAGCUGCUGAAAACGACACUGAGCCGACUGGAAACAGCAGAGAAACAGGUAAACACACCUGUGAAGACAGAAGACAUGAUCACAUGACUGCGCAGAGGAGACUGAACAGUGUGUGUGUGUGUGUGUGUGUGUGUGUGCGCGCUGCAGGUCCAGGAUCUGCGGUUAGCGUCAGAGAGACUCCAGGAGGAGAAGCGGACCCUCCGACAGCUGACCUCGGAUCAGAGCAGACAGAUGGAGGUGACCCUCAGACUCUCCACCAAACCUCAUUCAAAAAAGUGUUGAUUUUAAAACGUUCAAAUCUCUCCUUCAGGAGUCACGCAGGAAGUCUGUGAGACUGGAGGAGGAAGUGACGCGGCUUCAACGGGAGAGCUCCGAUUGGUCGAUAAAGAGCCGCGGUCUGCAGGCCGAGCUGGAGAAAGAGAGGGAGGAGAGGGAGAGAGAGAGGGAGGGAGAGAAGGAGGAGAGGAGGGCAGAAGUCCAGCAGAUGAUGGAGCGCCAUCAGGAGGAGUCAAAGGUGAAGGAUUCGUGGUCGUCGUCUUCUUCUUCUUCUACUUUUUCUUGUCCUCACAAAGUAUCAAACUCAUGAAUCUGUGCGUGCGUUCGUCAGGCGCGGCUCUCCUUCCUGUAUCGCCUCUAUCAGCGCCUCCUCGCCGGCUGCGUCCUCCUGGAUCAACCCCAAAGCAUCCUGGGUAACUUCACCUGGGUGGAGCUGUGUGAUGUCAUCUCCGAACAGGUCGACCAGCUGACCUCUGACCUCCGGGAGGCCAAAGACAAGGUGAGGCGGUAAAAAGAUCAAACGACCAGCAGAGGGCGCUCUCACCUCAGGGUUAAUCCUCUCUCUCUCUCUCUCUCUCUCUCUCUCUCUCUCUCUCUCUCCGUAGAUCGCCCACCUGCAGAGAGCGUGUCAGAAGAAGAGUGUGUGUGUGCGUGAGCUGCAGCGCAGUCAGGAGUGUGUGUUGUCACGUCUGGAGGAGAGCGUGAGGAGGAGGGAGGAGGCGUGGAGCCACCGACACACGCAGACUGUCACAGAGCUGCAGGUAACAGGUAACACACACACACACACACACACACACACACACACACACAACACACACACACACACACACACACACACACACACACACACACAGGUUCAGGUCUCUCAGGUGUGCUCUAAGAUCUGAUCUGCUGAGUCAGCAGGAAGAAGUUUUAAAGUCACUUUCUCUCAACUUUAAUUUUUAAUUUUGAUCAACUUUAUUGGCCUGAUUGUUACUACAGUAUCCUAAUGCAAAAAUAAUAACAUAAUAAUAAUAAUAAUAAUAAUAAUAAUAAUAAUAAUAGUAAUAAUAAUAGUAAUAAUAACAUAAUAAUAUUAAUAAUGAUAAUAAUGCAAAAAUAAAAACAAUAAUAAUGACAUUCAUAACCAAAAUAAUUAUAGUAAAAUAAAUAAUAUUAAUUAAAAUUAAUAAGAAUGAGAAUAAAAAAAUAAUUGAUAUUAUUUUUAUCAAUAUUAUAAUUAUUAUUGUUAUUAUUAUUAUUGUUAUUUUUAAAAGAAUAACAAUACUAUUAUAAUAAUUUAUAAUAUAAAAUAUUAAUCAUAAUACUACUUAUAAAUAUUAUUACUAUUUUAAUAAGAAUAAGGAAACAAUAAUAAUAACUAAAUAAUAAUGAUGAUAAUUAUUAUUGUUAUUAUUGUCAUUUAAAUUAUUAUAAUUAGUGUUUUCUUAAAAUAACAAUAAAAAAUGCAAUAAUAAUAAUAAUAAUAAUAACAUUUAUAGUUAUUAUUAUUAUUAUUCUGAUUAUUGUUAUAAAAAUAGGAGUAAGAAUACAAAAAUUCAACUACUAUCAUUACUACUACUACUACUACUAAUAAAAAUGAUUACAAUUAUUAUUCAACCAUCAUUAUUUUUAUUAGUAUUAUUAUAAGAAUAUAAUAAUACUAAUAAUAAUAACAAUUAUUAUUAUUAUUAUGAUAUUUAUAAUAUUGAUAUUAAUAAUACUACUACUACUACUACUGAUAAUAAUAAAACAAUAAUUAUUGUAGUUAUAAUUAAUUUAUUAUUAUUAUUAUUAUUAUUAUUAUUAUUAUUAUUAUAAAAAUACAAUACUAAUAAUAUUUAUAAUAGUAACAAUUAAAUAAUAAUAAUAAUGAUAAAUGUUCUCCUCCCUCUCUCUCUCUCUCUCUCUCUCUCUCUCUCUCUCAGCUCUGUCGUUCCCACUGCGACUCCCUCCGAGACCACGCUUCCUCCCUGAAGCUCCGCCUCUCCUCCCUGACCUCUGACCUCUCCCGCCGCACUAAGGAGUCCUCCUCCUUCCUGUCGGCCUGCGCCCUGCUGGGGGGGGCGCUCAAACACACCCACCGCCGCCUACUAACCCUCCGCUCACAGAAAGCGCUCCUGAGCCGGCGUCUGGCGGAGAGGGAGGAGCUAGAGGAGGAGGUGAGGAGGCUGGCGGGAGCUUUAGGAGGGGAGGACGGUGAAGAGGAGGAGAAGAGAAGAAGAAGAAGGACGGCGGUGAGGCGCUGGAGGAAGAGCGUGUGGGCGGUGCUGGCGGUCAGGAGGUGGUGUGUGCUGGCCAAUCAGACGACAGUGUUGUUACAAGUGGAGAGAGGAGGCGGGGCUUCAGUGUGCGUCUGUGGAGAGACGAGUACGGGAGCAGAGGAGGGUCAGGAAGAACCAAACUCAGGUGAGGAGGAGACAGGUGUGACGGACAGGUGAGUCUCACCUGAGUCACAUGAUCUGAAGAGAGAGACAGGAAACAAGACGAGCUGUCAAUCAAAAUAAAGCAAUAAAAAAAUAUUUUAAAAAUAUCAAAAAUAUUUAAAAAUAUUUAAAAAUAUAAAAUAUAAAAUAUAAAUAUAAAAUAAUAAUAUAAAAAUAUUUAUAAAAAUAUUUAAAAAUAUUUUUAAAAUAUUAAAAAUAUUAAAAAAUAUUUAAAAUAUUUAAACAUAAAAAACUUAAAGUAAUUUGAAUAGGUGUGUGUGUUCAGGUGUUUGUUCGGGUGUGUGUUCAAGUGUGUGUGUGUGUGUGUGUGUUUUCAGAUGUAUGUGUUCAAGUUUCUGUAUGUGUGUAUGUGUGGUAAGAUGUGUUCAGGUGUGUGUUCGGUUCAGGUGUGUGUGUGUGUAUUCAGGUGUGUGUUUGUUCAGGUGUGUGUGUAUUCAGGUGUGUGUGUGUUCAGGUGUGUGUUGAUGUUCAGUUGUGUGUUCUAGGCCCCGACGUCGUCUUUCUUUCUCGCCGGCUUCGCUCCGAUCGUCUCUCUGCCAUCAUUCUAUCGUGUUCCACUGACCUGCAGGAGGCGCUAACACACUCAGGUAACGACAAACACACAUAGAUCUGCUUCUACAUGUUUCAUGUCUCUAUUGUGACUGUGAAGGCCCCGUCCCUUUAGGCAUGAUGUCAGCAGCUCAGUCUACUUUGUCCCGCCUCCUGGAUCACCUCCUCGACCAAUCAGAUUCAGAGGAGAGCUCGUUAAAAAUCAGCGUGGACAAAAAGACGACUGCGAGGAGCGACGGGAAGGUUCGAGAUCUUUACCGACGUUUUUAAAACGCUGAGUCAGCUUAGUGUCAGCUGACCUUUGACCUCUGUGUGUGUGACCUCACGUUAGGCCCUGGUCGCCACCCUCCAGCAGCACUUCCUGCUCUUCACCCAACAGCUGCACUCGGCCGAGGUUGAGAGGCGGAGCCUGAGGCUGGAGGUGACCAAUCUGAAGAGAGGAAUGAGGCGGGAGAAGAAGACGUGCGGGACGGUCAGGAAAUACACACACACAAAGAUACACACGCACUUGUACACACCUGAAUUCACACACCUGAACACACACACAAACACACACAUGCAUACCUGAACGAACACCUGAACACACCUGUACACACACUAAACAUACACACACUUCUACACACCUGAACACACACACACACACAAAGAUACACACGUACUUGUACACACCUGAAUAAACACACCUGAUAAAAUACACACCUGGAAAUACACACACACAAAGAUACACACGUACUUGUACACACCUGAAUACACACACCUGAUAAAAUACACACCUGGAAAUACACACACACAAAGAUACACACGCACUUGUACACACCUGAAUACACACACCUGAUAAAAUACACACCUGGAAAUACACACACACACACACACACACACACAACACACACAUCUGAAAAUACACACACACCUGAAAAUACACACCUGAUAAAACACACACCUGAACACACACACACACAAACACACACACCUGAACACACCUGUACACACACUAAACAUACACACACUUCUACACACCUGAUAAAAUACACACCUGGAAAUACACACACACACAGAUUCACACACCUGAACAGACACACCUGAAAACACACACUUGAUAAAACACACACCUGAACACACCUGUACACACACUAAACAUACACACACUUCUACCCACUUGAACACACACACAUACACACACACACACACCAUAACACACACCUGAACACACACAUACUGCAAAACACACCUGUGAUGAUGAAUGUGUGUGUGUGUGUGUGUGUGUGUGUGUGUGUGUGUGUGUGUGUGUGUGUGUGUUCAGGUCCCUGUCCAGCGUUUCCAGCGUGUGUGUGAGGAACUCCGUCAGGCGCUCAUCAGGGAGGAGGAGGUUCAGACUCUGCUGCAGGAACACACACACUAUACACACACCUGAACACACACAUACACACUAUACACACACCUGAACACACCUGAACACACA